UGGAAUGGGAAGAGUUGUGUGGCAGCUGGGCCUCUGGCUGUGUAUUACUGCUGUGCUGCUCUUUGGUGGAGGAAGAGGGAGAGAGCUCUGUGGCAGCCUGAGCUGCCUGAAUAACUACAUAACUACCGUGAACUGCACAUGGGCGACGGAGAAGCCCGUGGGCGAUGGACCUUUCCACCUGCAUUUCACCAACCUCUGGUCAAAGGGCCACAACGCCAGCUGCAAACUGACUGCCACAGAGAGCAUGCAGAAUCAGUACCACUGCACAAUUCAUUUAGCCAGCCAGAUCUUGGAAACAGAUGGUUAUAGAGUCUCUCUCCAAGGAAACUUCUUUGGACGUAAUCACAAAUACAUUACCUUUCCAGUGUACAAUCCCCGCAAGCACAUAAAACUUGAUCCACCUUUGAACCUCCAGAGCAAUGCCACUGCCAGCAAGUGUCAGAUAUGGUGGAGUGUGUGGAAUGUGCCUUGGUACCUCGUUGAAAUUCUCCAAUAUGAAUUGCAGUAUAAGGAGUACAGCAUGUCCUGGGAGAUUGCAUUGAACAAGACACCAUCCAGUUCACUGCCACAGAUAGAAAUUGAAGCAACAGAGCUUCGCAGUGGCAUUGCUUACAUUGCAAGAGUUCGCUGCAAAAUUUCUGAAAAUGAGAAUUCCUACCACAGUCAGUGGAGUGAGUGGAGCCAGACAACGGUGUUUCAAAAAACAGAUGUACCAAAACUGUCUGAGAAGAUCUUAAAUACCACUAUGCAGCUCUUGUUCAUUCCUCUGAGUUUGGGCACUCUACUCUAUUUAUUCUGGAACUGCAAACUUUCUUCAAGGGCAAAAAGUCUCACCUGCUUUAACAUUCCCACGCCAGCUGCUUUCUUUCAGCCACUCUAUAGUUUGCACAAUGGGAAUUUCAAGGACUGGGUUGGACCUAAUGAGGUUUGUAGCCAAUUUGGAAGAGAAGAGGCCAGCAACUCAAGCAAAGUGACUGCAGAUAGAGUUUCUGAUCUAAACACCCAGGAACUGAUUUCCCAGAUCUCCUGGAAACCUCAGGAAAGCACAAAUCUGGUUGCUGCAGAAGAAAACUUUGUAUUUGCCCCAGGUUCAAGCCAGCAAUAUGUCCCCAGUAGGUAUAUAAGAGCUGAAGAGAUAGAAGUGAGGCCAGGACUAUUGUUUGCACUGAACCAUGCUGAUGACACAGCUGGCCUGAAAAUCUCUGAAAUAAUUAAAGACAAUUCUGAGAGCCCUAGCAUGGGAAGGAAUUAUUCCUCUUAUUCACAGCAUGGAAAGGGUGACUUUCUUAUGCUUCAGGAAUCUUUGGAGAUAGAAGAUGUGUCCUUCAGUGGCAGUGACUAUUGUACCUUGUGUGACAAUGAUACCACAGGAGGUCUGAUUCCUGCUGAACCACUGAAGCUCUCCGAUGGCAAUAGUCUUGUCAAACAUCAGAAUGAUCAGUGACCUUCCCUGAGGAAUACUGCCUACAAAGAUUCUGGUGCUCUUCUCUCACCUCCCAACAUUGUCUUCCUAAGUGGCUUAAAUGGUGACUGUGCAGACAAUUGCAAACUUGUAUAAUUUUAAAAUAAAUCUUCAAUUCCUGUACUUCAGAACAAGAUUGUGACCAAGUCCUCUGGCUAGCAAAUACUACCCCUACAGGCAUGGCAAAGCCCAACUCCAGCAACAUCUGUUGUCUCAGAGAUACAUUACCAUGCCCUUCCCUGAAUUAACCUCCUGCCAGCAGAGGUCCAGUAACCGCCGGUCUAAGGAGGCAGCAGCAGACCCGCUGUUUUUCCUCAGGAAGAGCUAUUGGAAUUGUGUGCCUCUUGGAAGCAGCAAUAUUUGCAAUGUGAUGAACCAUGAUUUAAACUCCAUAAUUUUUUUAAGCUAUGCAUAAUUCUUCAUAAAAUCACAAUAAACGAUUUUCGCUAAA